AUGCCUCAAUACAACAACUCUCAAGCCGACACUCACAAGGACCCCUCAAGCAAGCAUGAAGCCAAGGAGAUGAUGGCCCAGCAGCAGAGGGAGGAGAGAACAGAGCACUCUAAGAGGGGUGCGAACACGGGAAAGCCUCCGGGAGUUCCGGAAUAUGUUGCGCGCAAGGAGCACGCCGCUGAUGUGCAGCACUGA